AUGAAAUUCACUACAGCAAGCCUUGCCACCGCUAUGCUGGCGACAGGUACCUUCGCAGCUCCACGACCUGGAUUAGUUGAGCGUCUGCAGGCACGUGGCGUCUUGUCGCGCCAGUCCACACCCGCCGAAAAAAACGGCGUUCUACUCAAGGAUGGCGAUGAGUCCUCAAAGGUCCAAUACAGCAAAAACUGGGCUGGUAUAGUGCGUGAGCAGCCUCCUGCCAGCGCCACCUAUACUGCCGUCUCAGCGACUUUCACAGUCCCCAACCCCACGGCAACCGAUGACUCGGGCAAUAUGCAAGCCGCAUCCGCCUGGGUUGGUAUCGAUGGUGAUACAUAUACCAACGCCAUCUUGCAGACUGGUAUCGACGCCUACACCCAGAAUGGUGAGCAGAGCUUUGAUGCGUGGUACGAGUGGUACCCCGACAGCGCAGUGAACUUCGAUAUUGAUCUCUCCGAGGGCGAUGUGAUCGUCGCCAUGGUACAGUCUUUCUCGCCUAGCAAGGGCGUUGCUAUAAUCGAGAAUCAGACUACUGGACAGAAAGUUACGAAGAGCCUGGAUGCGCCUUCUUCUUCUGCUACACUUGGUGGUCAAAACGCCGAGUGGAUUGUUGAGGAUUUCAACUCCGGUUCCGAUAUGGUGCCGCUUGCCAACUUUGGCGAUGUCAAUUUUAUUGGUGUGCAAGCUAAGGCUGGUGGCCAGGCAUAUGGAGUCAGUGAUGGCGAGGUUUUGGAUAUUCAGCAAAAUGGCCAGGUGCUUGCCAAGGUCAAUGUUGAGAGCAACACUGAAUUCACUGUGUCCUACCAGGGAUAA